AUUUAUUAUUUGGGAAGACUUGUUGUGUCUCUGUGUGCGUUAGAACCAUGGCAGGAGAGCACAGCGAGCUUGAGAAGACGUUUUCUUUUAGUCUUCUACCCACGAAGUUCCCUUUCCAAAAGGACAAAGACACUCUGGUGCUUUUUAUGAAAUGGUCCAUCCUGGGRAGGAUUUCAGCUCAAUCCUACAGUUUUGACAACAACUUCCACCCUUCCAGCUGUGAGAAGUUUGCUCUGUGUUUCUUUAAGGACCCUGUGGUUGUUUCCAGUCUGAGAAACUCUGAGACCAAAAUCUGGAUACCUCUUGACAAGCCGGUGGUGUCUGUCAGUGUGGAGCUCGUGCCGUGCACUCAGGUCUCCAUGGAGCUGUUUGAUCCCAUCUACUCUUGUGGCAUCCUGUGGCCUUGUGGGCGUGUAGUGAAAUGCCUUCACGAUGUUAUCCCAGACUGUGAUAAACUCAGAGAGAUGUUACAGGAUGAGGAGUCUGAGCACUACUACGCAGUUGGGAGAGCGGGGCGAGAGGAGUUUCUGUUUCACCUCUUCAAGCACCUGYGCCUCGGAGGAGAGCUCUGUCAGUAUGAGGACACCAUUGAUCCCUACAUCAGCACCACAAARAGGAUGUACAAAGACCUGAUCAGUGUGCAGAAGGACCCCGACACAAAGAAGAUAAGUGUUGUUUCCACUGUGCUCAAAGUGUGUGCCUAUGACGAGUCUGGCCGGUGUUUCCCUGGGAUUCGAGAGGAGGAGCAGACGUUUGCCUAUUUGAUUAUUGACCCUUUAAAACAUCAAGUGACCUUGUUCUUCCACGUCCACGGUGUGGGAGACUUCAACCUGUGACCGUAAAAAAAGAAGGAAAACAUUGUUUUAUGUUUUUGCUGAAACUUAGAGGAGUAAUUCACUUUAACGUUGAAAAAAAUGUAAGGUCUGUUAUUGUGAUAAUACUGAGAAUAAAGAAGACACCAAAAGCA